CACCCUAAACCCUAAACCCUAAACCCUCAUCUCAUUUCCUGACUCUCACUCUCCCUCAGUCCCCCAAAAAUGGUUCAAACCCUAGUCCGAGCAAUUGCCAUGGCCGCCGCCACCACCACCGCAACCGCUCGCCACCCCACAAUCUCUCUCCUCAUACCCAAAUGCCUCUUCUCCACUUCCAGACUCACCCAACCUCUCUCCAUCCCAUCCCUCAUGCUCGGCCGUCGAUCCCUCGCCCCUCUUUCCCACGCCGUCCGAUUCCCUACCGCCACCACCCGAUACACUCCGAUCCGCUGCCGGGUCAACCGCUCUGGCGGUUCUUACUCGCCCCUUAACUCAGGUUCCAACUUCAGCGACCGUCCACCCACUGAAAUGGCACCGCUAUUUCCUGGCUGUGACUACGAGCACUGGCUCAUCGUCAUGGAUAAGCCCGGUGGGGAGGGUGCUACAAAGCAGCAGAUGAUCGAUUGCUAUGUUCAGACCCUGGCUAAAGUUGUUGGGAGUGAGGAAGAAGCAAAGAAGAAGAUAUACAAUGUGUCAUGCGAGAGGUAUUUUGGUUUUGGUUGUGAGAUUGAUGAGGAGACCUCAAAUAGGCUUGAAGGCUUGCCCGGUGUUCUUUUUAUUCUUCCGGAUUCGUAUGUUGAUCCUGAAUUCAAAGACUACGGUGCUGAGUUGUUUGUGAACGGAGAAAUUGUUCAGAGGUCGCCAGAAAGGCAGAGGAGGGUGGAGCCACAGCCGUCAAGAGCUCAGGACAGACCAAGGUACAAUGAUAGAACCCGUUACGUGCGCCGGAGGGAAAAUGCCCGGUGAAAUAAAUGGAAGGCUAGCUAUGUAAAUAUCUUGGUGAAAAUGGGAACUAGUUUCUGAAAGCUUGUGGAGCCUAAAAUCCUAUGCUCAUCUGGGUCAUGAUUAGUCCAAAGUAUGCUUAGUAGUUGAACGAUUAAAGUUGUAACUGCGGAUUUGUUGAUCAUUGUCCGCUGUUGUUAAACCCUUGAGUUCACGUUGAACUCGAGCCAAACCUUCAAAGCCAUAAGCUAUUCUAUAACUUGAACAACAUUAGUAGUUUUGUGCGAUUUGAGACUUUA